AUGGCAAACGCAAGGCGAGAUAAACCACCACCACCACCGCUGCCGCCGCCGGCAGCUUACACAACCGCCACGUCACCGUUAUCAAGAAGCCUUUCCAUUUCCACUACUUCACAUUCACCACCACCACCGCCACCGUGGGAAGUUCUAGAUCUAGUCUCCCACCACCUGGACCCCAAAACCCUAGCCACCGCCUCGUGCGUCUCGAGGACAUGGCGGGCCGCCACGUCCUCCGACCACCUCUGGCGGCCCAUCGCAACCGCCCGCUUCCCUUCCCUCGCCACCGCCCUCAAAUUCGUCCACCCUUCCCUCCCUUACCGCCGCCUCUACGCCCUGGCCACCUCCACCCGCCGCCUCAAGCCCGUGCCCAAACCUUCCAUCUCCCUCGACGACCUCGUCUUCUCAAUCGACCUCCGCGGCAACCAUCGCCACCACAAGCACCGCACGGCGGGGGUCGUGGAUGACGUGGCAGCAAUGGACCCCGGGGGUGUAUUUCGAUUCGACGUGGGAGCUGUGAGCGGAGUAGUCCUCCUUGAGGCGGCGGAGGAGGUGAGGGUGAUGUGGCACGUGGUGCUGAGGAGCGGUCCGACGACGGCGUUCACGUUGAUGGACGGGGUUGUGAAGGUGAGGCCAGAGGAGGCGGCGGCGGGGGAAGUACGAGGUUUGUUCUCGCAGGAGCUUCCCCCGCCGGGUUGCUGUCCACUCCGCGGUGGGACGAGCGGGCUGGCCGCGGAUUUGAAGAUCGAGUUUGCGGAUUGUUGGAGAGGAGAUAAUAACAGGAGCAAAGUACCGACGGUUGAGAAGCUGAGCUUCGGGCUGCUCAGCACCGUCGAUUGGAGGUACGUUAGUGUCGAAAACGGGCUUAGGUACUUGCAACACUUUUUGUUGGACAAUAGAUUUAGUUAA